UCUUCUGCACUUACCGCCAUAACUUGAAGACGUUGCACAGGUGUAAGCCAUCAGUUUCUGUUACUUCUCGUAUUCUCUGUUCAGUUUUGUUUCUUUAACUUUAAUCACUUCGCGAUCAUCUGAGAUCUACUCUCUUUGUGAUCUUUCUUGAAACUUAGAAAAAUCAUCUGUCUUCUAUUCUUCUUGAUUCUCCAUGAACUGCUUCUGAAUUACGAGCGAAAAAUAAAAAGAUAACGAAAUGAGGCAUCGAAUUGGAUUCCAUUUUGCGAAAUUUAAACUCAGAACUGGACUGGAGUUAGGUUUAGGGCUUUUGAGAAGAUCGUUUGCUAGUGACCAAGGAAAGAGGUCAGCCGUGCUGUGGGGCAAUGGCGAUUAUGGGAGAUUGGGUCUUGGAAGCUUAGAUUCUCGGUGGAGACCUGCGAUUUGCUCUGCGUUUCAUAAUCAAAGCCUUAGAGCCAUUGCUUGUGGUGGUGCACAUACUCUCUUCUUAACAGAUGAUGGACGUGUUUAUGCCACUGGUCUUAAUGAUUUCGGACAGCUCGGCAUAUCUGAAAGUAAACAGUACUCAGUGGAACCAAUUCAGGUUUUUGGAUUGAAGAAGGAAAUUGUGAAAAUCUCUGCUGGUUAUAGUCACUCAUGUGCAAUUACAGUGGAUGGAGAACUGUACAUGUGGGGAAGGAACACGAGCGGACAGCUUGGACUUGGAAAAAGAGCUGAAUCUGUAGUUCCUCUGCCAACUAAAGUGGAAUUCUUGGACGGAAUCAAGAUUAAAAUGGCAGCUUUGGGUUCAGAGCAUUCGUUGGCUAUUAGUGAUGGAGGAGAGGCCCUAAGUUGGGGGAUGGGAGGAUCUGGUAAACUUGGUCAUGGCCACGAGUCCAGCAUUUUGGGAUUCUUAAGAAGUAACAGUGAGUAUACACCAAGGCUUAUAAAGGAUCUUGCAGGAGUCAAGGUUACAUAUGUAGCUGCUGGAUUGCAAACUUCGGCUUGUACAGAUGAGAAUGGUUCUGUUUUCAUAUUUGGUGAAAAAGGGAUUGACAAGUUGCGCUUUGGAGGGAUGAUUAAUGCAACGCCAUCAUUGGUUAGUGAACUUCCAUGCUCAGAAGAAGUUGCAUGUGGUGGCUAUCACAUCUGUGUGCUUACAGAUUCUGGAGAGCUUUACACUUGGGGUUCAAAUGAAAAUGGUUGCCUUGGCAUUGGUUCCUCAGAUGUUAUUCAUCAACCUGAAAGGGUUCUAGGUCCGUUCCUGAAGUCCUCUGUUAGCCAGAUAUCCUGUGGUUGGAAACAUACGGCAGCAAUUUCUGAAGGAAAAAUCUUUACGUGGGGCUGGGGAGGUUCUCAUGGGACUUUCUCCGAGGAUGGACAUUCUUCGGGUGGACAACUGGGUCACGGAAGUGACGUGGACUACAUAAAUCCAACAAAGGUUUCUAUUGAGGAGAAUAUGAAAGCAGUGCAAGUUUCAUGUGGAUUCAAUCAUACAGAUGAACACAGGAUCCUUCUUACACACACGACAGGCUCUAGGAAGUGGCGGCUUAACUUAAGUGAGGCAUACCCAUAUAUUGUAUUUAUUUUUGUUUCACAGGAAGAAAAGAACAUGCAAUGUAUAUGUAAAUAAAGGUUCGAUGAUGUUCGAGUUGUGUAGAUCAGUUCUGGAAAUAAUAAUAAUUAUAAAAAAAAGACGGAUAGCUCAUAUUAUUCUUCCAUUGUGUAAUAAUUUUAUUUUCA